AUGAGACAAGUUGGGGAUGACGUCACCGUGGCGCUCCAAAUUGGCCUCCCUAAUUAUUCAGGCGGAUCGGUGGGUUCUUCCUCAGAAAUCACAAGCCAAAGUGCGGGUGUGGAAAGAUAUUGGAUCCCUACUCCGGAACAAUUUCUCAUUGGAUUUACCCAUUUUUCAUGCCAUGUUUGCUUCAAAACGUUCAACCGCUACAACAAUCUUCAGAUGCACAUGUGGGGCCACGGUUCACGUUACCGCAGAGGGCCGGAUUCUCUAAAUGGCACGCAGCCGCGGGCCAUGCUGGGGAUACCGUGCUACUGCUGUGCCGAGGGGUGCCGGAACCACAUAGACCACCCGAGGGCCAAGCCGCUCAAGGACUUCCGGACCCUCCAGACACACUACAAGCGGAAGCACGGGUCGAAGCCCUUCGCAUGCCGCAAGUGCGGCAAGCCCCUCGCCAUCAAGGGGGACUGGAGGACCCACAAGAAGAACUGUAGAAAGCGCUGGCUCUGCGUCUGCGGCUCCGACUUCAAGCACAAGAGGUCGCUCAAGGACCACAUCAAGUCGUUCGGCCCCGGCCACGGGCCUUUUCCUCUCGACUCGUUCGACAUCGGGGUCGAGGUGUCAGGUGGAUCUAUAGCACCGUUCAUGUCCGUCUGA